GUGUAGGAAGCUCCACCCUGAGGGCCAUUUCUUGCGUGGCGCCCCAAAAAUAAACCUUCUCCGGCCGUCUGCCAGCAGAGUCUUUAGUAGCGAAGAAGCGAGUGUCUCGAAUACCUGUUGCAGCGAGAGAUCUUACGUAAAUUGGACAAAAAUGCGUGAAUGCAUCUCAAUACAUGUUGGUCAAGCUGGUGUUCAAAUUGGUAACUCUUGUUGGGAACUUUAUUGCCUUGAACAUGGCAUCAGUCCUGAUGGGCACAUGCCAUCAGAUAAAGUGCAGGGAGGUGAUGACAGCUUCAACACAUUCUUCAGUGAGACAGGAGCUGGGAAGCAUGUACCAAGAGCUGUCUUUGUUGAUCUAGAACCAACUGUAAUAGAUGAGGUUCGUGCAGGUCCAUAUCGACAACUAUUUCAUCCAGAACAGCUUAUUACUGGAAAGGAAGAUGCAGCAAACAACUAUGCAAGGGGGCAUUAUACAAUUGGAAAGGAAUUUGUUGAUAUUGUUUUAGACCGUGUAAGGAAACUUGCUGAUCAGUGCACAGGUCUUCAGGGAUUUCUCAUUUUUCAUUCAUUUGGUGGAGGCACAGGAUCUGGUUUUACAUCACUUUUAAUGGAAAGACUGUCUGUUGAUUAUGGGAAGAAGAGUAAACUGGAGUUUGCUAUUUACCCUGCCCCUCAGGUUUCAACAGCUGUUGUGGAGCCGUAUAACUCUAUUCUUACAACACACACAACUUUAGAACAUUCUGAUUGUGCAUUUAUGUGUGACAAUGAAGCCAUUUUUGAUAUUUGCCGACGGAAUUUGGACAUAGAGCGACCAACAUACACAAAUCUGAAUCGGCUUAUUGGUCAAAUUGUAUCAUCAAUUACAGCCUCUCUGAGGUUUGAUGGUGCCUUGAAUGUGGAUCUGACUGAAUUCCAGACAAAUUUAGUUCCAUAUCCUCGAAUCCACUUCCCUUUGGUGACAUAUGCUCCAGUAGUAUCAGCAGAGAAAGCUUAUCAUGAACAAUUGUCUGUUGCAGAAAUAACAAAUUCAUGUUUUGAGCCCGCAAAUCAGAUGGUUAAAUGUGAUCCACGUAAUGGAAAAUACAUGGCUUGCUGUAUGCUCUAUAGAGGUGAUGUUGUUCCCAAAGAUGUUAAUGCUGCUAUUGCAACUAUAAAAACAAAACGGUCCAUUCAGUUUGUUGACUGGUGUCCAACAGGAUUUAAAGUUGGAAUCAAUUAUCAGCCACCAACUGUAGUCCCAGGUGGAGAUCUUGCUAAAGUCCAGCGUGCUGUCUGCAUGCUGUCAAACACAACAGCAAUAGCUGAAGCAUGGGCACGUCUAGAUCACAAAUUUGAUUUGAUGUAUGCUAAGAGAGCUUUUGUACAUUGGUAUGUAGGAGAAGGUAUGGAGGAAGGUGAAUUUGCUGAAGCACGAGAGGAUUUAGCUGCCCUGGAGAAGGACUACGAGGAAGUAGGAUUGGAUUCAGUUGAAGUUGAAGAAGGCCUUGAAGAGUACUGAUGUUAUUCCAUAAUCACGUGAAUUUUCUUAAAACAUACUCUCUACUUAAAUAGGUACCAGUAAAAUGCUAUUUAUGAACCAUUCUGUAACUUAUUGUUUCAUGCAGUAUUACAUUUACAUUGAAAUAAAUUUUUUUGCACUCCA